AUGUCCGCCGCGAAAGCGAAACGGAAAAGUGCGUUUUCUUGCGACCAGUGCAGGAAGAGAAAGGUCAAGUGUGGUGCCGAGCAACCCCGCUGCGCCCGCUGCACUGCACGCGACGAGCCCUGCGAGUACAAGCUCAAUCCGACCUUGUCCUACACCGAAACCCUGGAACGACGGGUCAAGGAACUGCAGGACCAGCUGGAUAAUGCGCAGCCGAAGGGGUAUGUUGUGUCUUCUGAAGCAGCGCCAUCUGCAACAGUAGAAGCGCUGCCACGCUCGGCCGCAAAGAGAACCUAUUCAGGGGUCACCAAAGGCCUCAAGGUGGAUGCCAAGGGCGCAGUGACAUAUCACGGAGCGACGAGCUUUUUUCAGUUGCCGACGUCGGACCUGAACGGGGCGUCUGGUGCUCAAGAGAGAGGUGCCUUGAUGCUGGACGAGGGGAAUCAGAGGAAAGAGAAGCUGGUCAACAAUGCAUGGCACCAGCGGGCCCUCGAGGCGUUUCAAGACACGCCGGAACCUUUCCAGUUCUUACUGAAUAUCCACUGGUGUUGGAUCCAGCCCCUGUUCAACUUUGUCUACCGCCCGGCUUUCACGCGCGACAUGGAGGUCCUCGGACCGUACUACUCACACACCCUUCUCAACGCCAUAUUGGCGCAUUCCGUCCGCUGGUGCAAACAGAACAAGGAGAUCCAAAAGCUCCUGGAGCCAUACGAACAUGGAGCUCUCUUUUCAAGGCAAGCACGCACGUUGCUCUUCUCCGAGCUUUCAAGUGGCCACUCAAAGGUGCCCACCGUGCAAACCCUCCUGCUGCUUAGCGCCCAGGAGUGCAGCGCAGGCAACCGAACCCAGGCCUGGCUAUACAGUGGAAUGGCGUUCAGACUUAUUGAGGACAUGGGGGUGACGUUCACUGCCGAUGGGGGCCAUUCAGAACUAAACCUCGAAGAUGAGGACGUCGAGAUCCGGCAGCGGCUCUUUUGGAGCUGUUACUUUUGGGACAAGAUGAUUAGUUUGUAUCUGGGCAGGACACCGAUGCUGCAGCACUCUGGCGCGAAUCCUGAUAAAAUUAUAUUGGAUGACUAUGCUGAGCAUGAACUGUGGUCGCCGCAUGGAAUUGUUUAUCCUCCGGGCUUAGAGUACCCUCCAAUGACGGCGCACUCGAUCUCUUGUUUUAGGUGGAUGUGCCGCCUUUCUAUUAUUUUCAAUCAGAUUCUCAUGCACAUAUACGACCCGUCCAAGGUACAUACCGACGUGGAGCUGAGGGCUUGUUUGGAGAGUGAGGGCCAAUCACUGAAACAGUGGUGGGACGACCUUCCGACCUUCCUCAGGAUCGAUACAGAAAACCUGCCGGAAUACUCUCCGCCGAGUCACAUUGUCACAUUGAAUUGCCUAUAUCAUGUUUUCAAGAUCCUUCUGUACCGGCCAAUGCUGUCUCCAGGGAACAUAGUGAACGAAAGCCGAGCACGACCGGAUCCCCAUCAUCUUGUCGAGUGCAUCUCGUCUGCGACAUCUAUAAUUAUAAUCUACGACCUAUUCUGCCGAUCAUUCGGAUACGAGCAUACCGUUUUAUCAUUGUCCUAUGCUAUUUAUACCGCUCUAUCAAUCUUUCUCCUGCAGAUCCAGGCGGCCUCGCGACCAAAUGUGCAGGCUUUGACUCGGCUGAGGUUUUGUCUGCAAGCACUGGAACGCCUCAGCACUCUGAGCCCAGUUGUCGGCAGCGCAUUAGGCCUUGUAAACGAAACAUUAUCGAAAUUAGGGCUGCACCCGCUUGUCCUUCCGGCAGACGCAGAAGGCAAACCCGAUGACAAGGUACCAGAGCACCAGUAUCCCGAAUUGGUUUCCGAAGUAUCCGAUUCUACAGGACAAAGGCAAGGCGAUUUGGAGAGCCCUGAUAAGUUUCUGUAUGAUUUCGAUCCUAAUGAAUUCACUAUAUCCGAUGAGACCCUCCAAGCGUUUCAGCUUCUCACUCCCAUCGACGCUACUUUUGGAAUCAGCUAUGACCAGGAUGGCUGA